AUGGUUCCUCCUCAACAGCUACACCAACCGGCACGGAUUAGCCCGAUGAUAAUUGUCUGGCCUGGAUCUUGCUAUGAAGAGGAGAUGCAGAAACACAAAGGGGACAAACAGCAGAUGGGAACUUGCCGAGAAAUUGAUCUCCUGUGUUUCUGUAACCUACUCAGUACCAAGUCAAUCCAGUUCGACCUGCUCUUCGCCUCGCCUUUAGCGAUUUGGUACCAGUUUAUGUUCAUCUCUCCUCAUCUUCUCACCUGUUUUCCUUCUCCAACCGGGACUACCCACCUCAACGAUACAAUUUUUAUGAAGAAACCCUUCUUUUACGUUUUCUCCUCAGAAGUAUACUCAACGAAAUUCCUCUUUUAUCGCCUCUUAGUAUAG